AUGAGCUGUGGAAAAGAUUUUGUGGAAACUCUUAAGAAAAUUGGAUAUCCUAAAGCUGAUGAGCUUAAUGGAGAAGAUUUUGACUGGCUGUUUGAGUCUUCAGAAGACAAGUUAUUUAUGGAGUGGUUUUGUGAAAAUGUAAAUGAGCAGCAUGUGGUGUCUGAAAAAGAACUGCAAGAUUUUGAUAGUCUUCUUGAAUCUGGUAAGCCCAUAUUGGAAGGAAAUGCACUGGAUGAAGUCCUUAAAACCUUGAAGCCCAUGGAUUCAAAGCACGGUAGUCAAGAGGAGGAAGAAGAAGAAGAGGAGGAGGAACUGAAGAAAUUGGAGGAUGAGCUUCAAACUCUUCAGAAGUUAAAAAAACUUCAAAUUCAUCGGCAUAAUAAGCUUCAAAUGGUGGUUUCUGCGAACAGCCAUAUCUUACAAACAUUAAAAAGCAAAGAGGUAGAAGCACAUAAAGAUUUGAAAGAAGGACUGGAAGAGUUUACUGUGGCAAAUAAUAAGCUUAAUAAUGAACUGCUAUCUCUUAUAGAUGCAGCUAAGAAACUGGCCUCUCUCUUCACUGCUUCAGAUUCAGAACAAGGUUCAGGUCCACAUCCAGUGUUUUUUUCCCAGCUUUCUUUGGACGAGUAUUUGUCUCGAGAAGAGCAAAGCACUGCAGCAUUUACAUCAUACUUAAAAAAAGAUUUUUAUCAAGGUAUGUCUGAAUGGGUUGAAAAUUCACAUGAAGACAGCUUUCAGCUGCUGGAUAUAAGCAAACAAGUCCCUUGUGAUGAGACUAAUCAAGUUUGUGAAGUGAGUCAAGAGAUGGCCAGGCUCCAGACCGCGUAUAUUUGCGCUCAACAUCAGCUGAUUCAGAUGCAAGCUAAAGAGGAGAGCAUGAAUUCAGCUAUAAAAUGCGCAGAGAGCAUGCUGCAGUCCUUUAACAGCAAGGAUACUGGAAAACAAGAAAACCUUGAUGCCAAAAUAUCUAGUUUAAAUGAUGAAAUUUCAACAAUUAAACAAGAUAUAACUCAGAUAAACAAUGAAGAGCUGCUUCCUCUUCUGAAAGAGAAUGCACGAUGUUUCAGUGCGCCAGUGGUGAAAGGGUACUUGGAUCGUCAGAUUGCUCAGCAGGACUAUUAUGCUUCAAGACAAGAUGAAAUAUGCAGGCAUUUGAUAAGACAGAAAGUAUCAUUUGAACUUAUUGAGCUAGCCUAUGAAAUGGAGUUGAAGAGACAUAAGGAGAUCUGCUGUCAACUUGAGAAUUUAGUAGAAUCUUUGAAAAAGAGCAUUAAUGAGUUGCAACAGAGACUACAGGUGAUAACUGAGCAAACUCAACAUGCAAAGCCCAGAAACACCAUUAGUUCAAAUGAUGGUUUCUCUUGCAGGCUGUAUGAGCUUCUGGAAGGAGAAAAUAAAAACCAGCAAUUGUUUAAAACAUAUGAAAGCCUGGAGCAGAUGGCUCAGAAGUUAAAGGAGGACUGUGCUACAGUACAAGAUCAGCUAGCAGCGUCUUCUCAAGAACAGUCUCUCCUUUUGUCCAAGCUAAAAAGUGAUGUAGAUACCCUUCAUGAUGCUCUGUAUCGUGGAGGAAAUCAGAUACAACUCAGUAGUCGGGAACUUACUGAGCAGUUCCAUCAACUGGAAGUUGAUUUGAAUAAACUAAAUCAACUCCUUAUGGAUCUGGUUGCUGAUGUGAAGUCAAAGAGAAACGUUUUAGAGUCAAAUAAGUUGCUUCAGAUGGAAAGAAACUUGUAUGUAUAUUUUUUCAAAGAUGAAGACCACUUGAAAGAGAUCGUGGAGAAGCUUGAACAGCAGGCUGAGGCUAAAGCCAGUGGUCUGGAAGAUCAGAAUUUCGUCACCAGUGAUGUUCUUAAUGUUUAA